UAGGUAUGUGAUUAUAUUUUUUUGUAUUUAUUUUUAUCUUUCGGCUGUAUAUUGCUCUACAAACACCACGCUAUUCAUUCAUUCAUUGAGUGUUCACGAGGUGCGGUCCGUGUUUGUGUCGCUUGGAACAUUAUUUGACUAAAAUCUCACCAUGCCAGCCAUAGACCUGUACGAGAUGCCCAGCUCGGCCCCGUGCCGCGCCGUACGCCUGACUGCGCGGGCGCUGGGCGUGCCAGUCAACCUGCACCUCGUGGAUCUGAUGGCUGGAGAGCAUCUGAAGCCGGAGUUCACGAAGAUCAACCCUCAGCACACGAUCCCGACAAUCGUGGACGACGGGUUCACUCUCUGGGAGUCCCGCACCAUCAUGCGCUACCUCGUCAACAAGUACGGCAAGGGGACCUCUCUGUACCCUGAAGAGCCUAAAGCCAGGGCUCUGGUCGACCAGAGACUGGACUUCGAUUUGGGCACUCUGUACGAUAGAUAUGCUGUUUACUUUUACCCCCAAAUAUUCGGCACUGCCCCUGAAAACCCAGAACUUCUGAAGAAGUUGCACGAGGCUCUGGCCCACCUGAACCAUUUCCUGGGGGAGUCCAAGUACGCAGCGGGUCCCAACCUCACCAUCGCUGACUUGACCCUCGUGGUCACCGUCUCUACCAUCGAUCUCUGGGAGAUCAUUGACUUCAAGCAAUACCCCAACAUUGACAAAUGGUACGAGCACCUGAAGAGCUCAGUGGAGGGCUACGAGGAGGAGAACCUGGCCGGGCUGGGCAAGUUCCGCGCCUUCAUCAAGGAGUUUAAGGCGAAGAAGGCCGCAGCCAAGUAGACUGCAGAUACGACACAAUAGUUUAUUUAAGUAACUCUAAGCGCACCUACAGAACACUGCUAUUUGACGUCGCAACACUCCCAAAGAAAAAAUCUGCGACAGUAAUCAAGCAUUUGCACUGAAAAACUAUGAAUACCGUGAAGAAUUUUUGCGAUGCGACGAAGUCCCAAUGCAUUGUUGUGUUCGGGCCCUAAGUGCCAAUUUCUCCAUUGUCGGUUAGAGCAUAACCAGGUAUUAUUGGUUGACUUUUGACACAUCUGUCAAAAAUUUAGUACGUAUGGAGAUGACGUAUAAUUGAUAAACCAAUACCUGGUUACGAUUUAACCGACUAUUGUGAAAUUGGAGCUAAAGGUUUCGUAUAUGCAUCAGUACGGUCAGCUUCAUUAGUAGCUAAUCCUUGUCAAACUGACCAACUGAAUGUUUGAAUGAAUAGACAGUUUGUUAGUUUGACACGGUACAAAAGUAUAAGUAUAGUACACCUAGUAAUGAAGUUGACUGUACAGUCAGGCUGCAUAAGUAGCUAAACAUUUUGUACCUUGUCAAUCUGAAACCCAAGAAACCGCUUAUCGAUUCAUUGAAACAUUGACGGAUCGUCAGCAGUUUGACAAGGUACAGAAGUGUAUAGCUACUUAUGCAACUGACCGUACGUGGUUAGUCUGGUUAGUGUACCUGCUAGAAUUUUGUUCAUAAUAUUUAUUUUAUGCUAUAAUUUUCAUUACAUUCAUUUGGUAUUAUAAAAUUUAGUUCCAAUAACAAUCAUUUGCUAUACCUACGAACUAAAUUUGACAAAAUAAUAAUCCCUGGGAUUAGGUAUUAAACCUAAAGAAUCUAAAUAUAGGUGGGACAAUAUUGUUAUUAUUGUGAUUACUAAACAUUUUCAUGCAUUUAUUAGGUAUUUUUUAAUAAUAAGAAGCUCUACUACCUCUCUGUGCAUUAUUUUUUGUAAUACUUAUACCUAGGUUUUUUUGUUACUGAAAUAAGUGAUGACGAAAGCUUUGUUUUUUUAUGAGAUAUCUUGUUCGUUUAUGGUUUGUCAAAGACCGCAUGUUAUGAUUAAUUCACAUUUUAAAAUACAAAAAUAUAUCAACAAGAA